AUGGCGGCCCGUAGCAUUUUUAGGGCCGUUUCAUUAUGCAGAAGAAAUAUUGCCUUCAUUGCGGGUUCUUCUCGAACACAAAGCAUUUUCACAAAAUAUAGGGAACCACCAAACGGUUUCCUCUUCAAUGAAAAGGUGAAUAUUCGAUUUUCCAACGGUUUUGGUACUUUAGAACUUAGGUUGUCCAGUUGUGUGUUCUUGUGUCAGAUAGGCAAAGGUUGCCAUCGCUUGAUUGAAGCUUAUGUUCAUUUAUGCUUUUGAAGUUUCUAGGUUUCUUUCUUUAGUUUCUUUGCUGCUGUCACUCCCUUCCUGUACUUUAAUAUCAUCUCCACGUUUUAAAGUGUAUAUAUGAUGUUUGGCAAACAAAGAAAAACCACUAUGAUUUUAGCAGCCUCUCUACUUUAACAGAUCAUAGGUAAUGAUGAACUAGAAUGCAUUUCCGAGUUCCCAAAACUCCCACUUUCAAACUGAGGCUAAGUGAAAAACCUUCCUUGCGAAAAUGAGUUUUGUUUGCAUGGUAUACAAUUUCAUUUUCAUGGCAAUGACUUUGCACCCAGCCUCUUCAGUUUAUUGUGUAAUUUCCAAUCUUUUCGGGAUCAUAAUUAUCUGUUUGAGGCCUCUGAAGCCUGAAGAGAAGCAACUUAUUAUCAGUCUAUAGUUAACAAUUACUCCACGAGUGCGCAUUGGAUAUGUGAUGGUAGAUAGCCAAGGUGCGUAGCGCCGAGUUGGCUAUUAUCAUCUCAUAUCCAACAAGCACGAGUGGAAUUAUUGUUGUAUUAAAAAUGCCCACAAAAUAUCGAGAAUUCUUCCCAACUCUAUUUAUAAAAACCAACGAUUUUCAGCUUGUUUUUAAUUUUGAACAGAUGCGUGCAGUUACCAUAUUUGGAGAGCAUGGUAUAAUGGCUCAUAUACCAUGAUGGCUAAGCCAAUCAGAGCUCUAGAAUUGCAUUAUCCAAUGAUUCAAUUUUUAAUUAUAUAAAAUCUAAUGUUAAUCAGAAUGCUCUCAUAUUCAACUCCUGAGGCAUGGAGUGAAGAGACAUAAUGUCAGUGUAUUGUAUAAUUUGUAAUCAUAUUGCUGUAUUUGCAGCCUCUGAAGCCUGGAGAGAAGCGUCAGUGGGAGGAGUGGGAGGAACCUUGGUACCGCUGGUGGGCUCUUAUUCUUGUCGUCAUACCUGUCAUGUUUUAUUACAAACCUGAUACAAAGUGAGUAGCCAGUUUUGAUGUCUGGUCAUUUCAAUUGCAAAGUCUAGUGAAGCCUGUUCACUUCAAGAAUUUUGCCACUGGCUCACAGACAGUUUAAGUGGAGGUUAAGUUUCUUUAGUGACACCAGCUAAUCAGAAUGAAGCAUGCGCAAAACUAGCACAAUAAUUCUCGUUUUCUCUGAAAGCUACAAACUGUGAAGUAGAAGGUCAUGAUUUAGUUUUCUGUUUGCUUCACGCCAUUACAUUGCGAAGAUCGAGUGACCACUUAAAUUAAAUCUGUUUGGUAUCACUUUCCUUUGCUAUGUGACCUAAGUAGCCCCAGUAUAACCAAAAUGGAAUUUGUCAUGUACUACUACUUUGAACUUUUCCUUUUCCUUUUAAAAGUUAAUAAUUCAUCUUUUUACUUGUUAUAGACCUCAGACUUGGGCAAGGAAGCAAGCAUUAAGGAUUGUUGCUGAACGAGAUGCUGCAUAUGAAGCAGCUGCUGCAAGGGGCGAGGUGGUUGAAGAGGAAGAAGCCGGUGAUGUGGUGAUUAACUGGAAGCCUUUGAUGUAAAACCUCUUUGUGUUGAAAAGAGAGAAAUAUUUUUUCAAACUUGUCACAACAUAAAAUCAUUCCAGAUAAUUAAUUUAGUGCUGUUGCUGUGUGAAAUUUAAAGUAAAACUUUAUGUUUGGCUCUUUUGUAAAUAAAGAAAUGUCUACC